UCGAACCUCCAUUGGGGUUGGAACUUGCUUUGCCCAUUAAACACUUAUAGUCCCCACACCCACAUGACUCGUGUUCUAUCUUUUUAGUCCUAUAAAAUCCUCACAUCAUAAAUCCCUCUUCAUCCACUUCCAUCUCACAAUCCACACUCAAAAAAAAUACAUUCAAAGUUGGAGGUGCAAAUAGCAAAACAAUGGCCAUGAGAAAAUCCAACAAACUUCCACAAGCUGAAGUUAUCAAGCAAAUUCUCAAAAGAUGUUCAAGUUUUGGCAAAAAGCAUGGUUAUGAUGAAGAGGAUCUUCCUGAUGAUGUACCAAAAGGUCAUUUUGCAGUUUAUGUUGGUGAGAAUAGAACAAGGUACAUUAUUCCAAUUUCUUGGCUAUCACAUCCUCAAUUUCAAAGUUUGUUACAAAGAGCUGAAGAGGAGUUUGGUUUCAAUCAUGAUAUGGGACUUACUAUCCCUUGUGAUGAAGUUGUUUUUGAGUCAUUAACUUCAUUGAUGAGAUAAAAAAGCAAGGAUUAUUAGGUUUUAUUAGUCGAAGAUUACCACCAAACAUGAAAUUUCUUCAUCAAGUGAUGGUUCUGACGAAAUUACAAGAUCAAUUUAUGGUGAGUUUGACAUAAUCACGAUAAGUGACAAUCAUUUUACAAAACUGUAAUUUACAGUUUCAAGAAAAUUCCGUUCUUAUUGUAAUUUUGAAGAUGUACUAAUAGUAUUUUAAGUUUAGUAUGGUAAUUGUAUAUAUAGAUAUAUGUAUAUGGAUUGAUUUCCAAGGAGAGAAUUUCUUUAGCAAUGUCAUUUGUAUUUGAGUAAUGAUUUAUUAAAAGAAGCAAUGCAAUAUUGUACUAGAGAAGGGCUUAAUUG